AUGGUAAAAGCUUAUCUUAAGUAUGUUCAAGCAGAUGUCAUUGGAGGACUAGUAGGCAACUAAUGUAACAUUGAAUACUGCAGUGUAUAGUAUGAGGAUGGGACAGUUAAGGGAUUUUAUUUGGUUUCAGGUUGCAAUGAAGUGAUUGUAUUUACUAAUAUCAACACAGGAGAAGUUGACUUUAAGCUUUAUGACCCAGAAGCAAUAAAUGGCCAAGUGAGAGCACUUAAGGUUUCCAAGAACUUGCUUGCUGCAGGCUUUAAUGAUGGAACAAUCAAAAUAUAUGAUUUAGCUUUAGAAGAGUAUGAAAUUAAAGAAGUGCAUAAAUAUAGUUUCCACAGAUCAGCAAUUACCUGCAUUACUUUCUUUGAUGAUAACACUCGCAUGGCAAGUGGUUCUCAAGACACAUAUAUUGUCAUUUAUGACUUGAUUUCAGAUAUUGCUCAAUUCAAGCUAAUGGGUCACAAUGAAUAAAUCACAUAAUUGCAGAAUUUGAAUUUCAAUAAUGCUUCAACAGGCCACUAGCAGUAAAUAUUGAUUUCUUCAUCAAAAGAUGGAAUGCUUAAAUUUUGGGAUAUUGAUUAACAAAGCUGUCUUCUAAAUGCAAGUGAUUAAUACCUUUCCCCCAUUGAAGAUUUUGCAGUCAUCCCAGAGUUAAAACUUAUUAUUGCAGGUUCUCAAGAUAACUAGCUCAGACUUUUUAGAGUGUUCCUAGAAUAGGACACCUAAUAAGUCUCAUGUAAACUAGUAGGUGGAUUUAAAAAGGACAGUGGUUCAAAGUUACUUGAAAUUCACUAUAGUUAGCUAGAUAGGUUGAUUACCCUCAUUAGUUCAGAUAACAUCUUUGAGAUUAUUAAGGUUAAUAUUGACAAAAAGGAUUCACUCAUUAAGAAGCUACUUAGACUUAGUAAGAGAAAAGCACUCAAAAGAAAACAAAGGGAAGAAGACUUAGAUUAGGAGGUAGAAAAUGAAGUCAAAGAAGUGAUUAUUGACAAGGAUUAGAUUUUAAGUGACUUUGAAAGUGGCAAUUAUGAUGUCUCAGUUCACUUUUCAAAAUAACUUGCCUUUGAAAUGGAUUCUCAGACUAAGAUAAAAUCUAUUUCAACCUAGAAAAUUAAGACCAAAAGCGCCUUGAACACUCUCGCAAUAUUUGCAGCCUUCCACUCUAACUAAAUUUAGUGGUUGAAUUACGACCUAGAUUCCGAAAAGAAGGACAAGGUUAUUCCAAAAACUUAAAAAAUAUUCGGGGAACUUGAAAGUCAUAAACUCGCAAUUAGAAGUGUUUAGAUCUCUGAAAAUGAUGGAAUUAUGGCCACUGCCUCUUUUGAUUCAGUCAAAGUCUGGUAAAUAGACUUUAAUUCUUAGUAGGAAUCUUUGAAAAUGAGAUGCUCUCAGAGUAUUGAUCAAUAAAAUGUGACAGCAAUCAUGAUUAUUCCAGGUAACAAAUAUGUGUUAAUGGGAACUAAAGAUGGAAGCUUAAUUCUACAUGAUAUACAGUCUAAUGAUGUCGUAUUUGAGGAGGUCAAGAAUAAGCACAAUAAAGAAAUUUGGGAAUUGGCAAUGCAUACCAAUCCUCAAAUACCUGACGCUAAAGGAAAACUCAUGAUUGCCAGUUGCUCAUCAGACAAAACCAUUAAAUUUUGGACUCUUGUUUAAUCAACCACAACUAUGAAAGUGAAAUUACAAUUAUACUAAAAGAUUGAAUCAACAGAUGAAGUGAUGGGAGUUAAAUUUUCCCCAGACGGAAAGUACUUCGUCUUCUCACUAUUAGACCAAACAAUGAAAAUAUGCUAUUUGGAUUCUAUGAAACUGUCUCUCAACCUCUAUGGCCAUAAGUUGCCUAUUCUUAGCUUUGACAUUUCCUCAGAUAAUAAUCUUUUAGUUUCUUGUUCAGCAGAUAAGAAUAUUAAGAUUUGGGGAAUGGAUUUCGGAGAUAUUCAUAAAUCUAUCUUUGCUCAUCAGGACUCAAUCACUUGCGUGAGAUUUAUCAAAGAAACUCAUUACUUCAUGAGUUGCUCUAAGGAUAGAGAGGUCAAGUUCUUUGAUGCAGAUACUUAUGAUGAGGUUUUUGUGUUUGAUAACUUCUUCGGAGAGGUCUGGGGGCUUGCUUGUUCUUCCAUUGGUGAUUUCUUUGUGACUGUGUGUGCUGAUAAAUGCAUUAGAGUUUGGAGAUAGACCUAAGAGCAAGUUUUUAUUGAUGAGGAGAGAGAAAGAAGGGAAGAGAAGGCAAUGCUUAAAGAUGCUGAGAAGGAAUACUAAGAGAUUGAUCUCGCUAAGCAAAAUCAACUUGACCCAUUUUCCAAGGAUAAGAUCAUGAAGAUUGAGACUAUUGCUGCCUUUAAAAAGACUUCUGAAAAUCUCAGAUACGGUGAGGACUUAAUGGAGGCACUAGAAAUGGCUGAGCAAUUCAAAGAGGAAAUCGAGCAAUACGAAAUGCAACUUGAGGAAUGCGAGAAGUCAAAAAGCAAAAAUAGACCACCAAAGCCCAAAGCAUCACCUAUGUUUAACAAUAGAAAUAUAUUUCAGCAUGUGCUUAUACAUCUUAAAGCCAUUAGAACAUCUGAAAUCGAAAACACACUGAGAUUCCUAAAUUACAAGCAGUGCACCUAGCUACUUUACUAUUUAGAGCAUCUAAUUAGAAAUAAUAUUGAUCUUGAUCUCGCUACAAGAUGUGCUCUUUACAUACUCGAGGCAUAUCAGCCACAAAUAUAAAUGACUACUGAAUUGAUUCCAUUGGUUAAAUCUAUCUCCUAAAAUAUGAGAUCUCACUACAAGUAAAUGAGAGACAUUAUUGGAAUGAAUGUCUCAGCCUUAAAGAUUCUGGAAAAAGAAGUAACUCAAGCUGCUAAUUAGCAAAUUUCGUUCAAAGAUUUCAAUUAGCCAUUCAGCUUUUGA